GCUACAAUUUGCUUCGUAGGGAAGAAGAGUCUGCUUACUUGCAAAGGCGCUGUGGCCGAUGGCAUCACUCCGCACAGCUGCACCGUGCACAAGCACCAACACGCGUUGCAGCUCGGGUCGCGCAGCCUCAGUCUCAUGUAGGAUUCCAUCUUUAACAUAUCUUCCUGGACGGAGAGCUGCUCCUAGACUAGUCAAAUACGAUUGCACCUCCGAGCGACCAUUCGUUGCGGUUCGGUCGUUAUUUGACAAUGACAAGGACGGCAACGACUAUGGCGACAGGAUAUUUGCAGCGCUUCCCUUUCUACUGCCACUGCUGGAUGGGCUGCCUUACGCCAAGUUCAUCAUGCUGCAGUACCCAUUUGUGGCUCGCGCCUUUGCUCCUGUGGCUCCGCUGAUGUACCUCUACCAUUCCUUCCCGUUUGCACCGUUCCUGGUGUUCCUGGCCAUCUACAAUGGCAUCGUGAACAACACCUCGCUGCCGCGCUUCGUGCGCUACCACGCCAUGCAAGCGGUGCUGCUGGACGUGUUGCUCAUCAUCCCCCAGGUCAUUCUGAACGACGUGUGGAAGGCGCCUGGUGACGAGGUGGGGCUGCAGGCCUACAUCCUCGCCUACAACACCCUCUUCCUCUUCACGGCGGUGUGCUCGGCGUACGGCAUGGGCUCCUCCCUGGUGGGUCUCACAGCGCGGUUGCCGCUGGUGGCGGAGGCUGCAGAUGCGCAGGUGCGCGACUUGUGAGGUUGCUUGAGGAACCGACACAGAGGACACGUCAGCAGCCUCAGCGGCCUCGGUUGGGACCUGAAGAGGUUGCAGAACUGCGGAAGGGGGGGGGGGAGGGUUCGGGGAGGCCGGGUAGGUUGGGGGUGAAGCGUUUAGCGCACGAUUGUAAAGGGUUGGCAUUGCACGAGGGUGAGAGAUGUGGUUCAAUACAGAUAUGUGCGUGUGGAAGCUCGAGAUAUACUUCUGUGUGUGUUAGGAAAGAGGGAGAGGCUGCAAGGCAUGAGAGAGGGUGGGAGGGAGAGGAGAAGAGCGCGUGUGCGGUGGUGACGGCGUUGGUGUUGGCUGGGAGAUGAUUGGGUUUGGGACUGAAGGAUAUGACUCGGGGGGGACCGUUGGGCGGCAGAAGGCGGCUUUAAGGGCUUAGGAGGGUUCUCACGGACGUACCGGUACAAAGUACGGCUCUCUGACUCAAAAGAGGCCUGUGAGGUCCCAAUGACUCCGGACUAGAGAGGCCAGUUUGACGCCGCUGAGUGAGGUAUUGGCGGUAUUGGCUGCAUGGUGUACCGCUGCGGUUGGUGUUCCCAGUACGGGGGGCAUGAUGAUGUCGUUGGGAGAAAAGCAGAAGAGUUGGUCUAGCCUCUGGUUUGGCACGCGAAACACACACCCGCAACAUAGCUGCGUAGGACUGGACUCCUGACCUACAUCCGGUACUUGCAGGCAUGCAAGGCGAUAAAAAUGUACUGGA